UUUGCCGUGGUGCAUGGGUAUCUCUAAUCAUAUUCAGCAUGUUUUGCACAAGAAAUGUCAGCCAGAAAGGAAUAUCUGCUCUCUUCGCCAAAUUAUUCCACAACAAUGUCAUGCUCCGAGAGUCCGGCUGCAAACUCCUUUUUGGUGGAUUCAAUAAUUAGCGCAGGGAGAGGAGAAGGGGCAAGUUAUUACCAGGGCAAUGGGGUUUACCUGCCACAAGGGUCCGACGUGUCCUAUGGAUUGCAGAGCUGUGGACUGUACCCAGUGCUGAGUAAAAGGAACGAAGGUAUCCCCCAAAGUAAUGCGGUGCCCACCCCCCAGGGCUAUGCCCCAGCUAUGGAGGCCUGGCUGGAUGCACCAAGGUCUUGUGGGGUGGAGCAGCCUGAGACCCAGCCAGCUGCCACCUCUUGCUCCUUCACACAGAACAUUAAGGAGGAGAACUCUUAUUGCCUUUAUGACUCAGACAAAUGCCCCAAGAGUUUAACUGCGACUGAUCUGUCUACUUUCUCAAGGGUUAAUUCAGAUUCUGCCCAUAUCAGUAAUGUGAGCUCUGUUCCUGUUCCUGGAUAUUUCCGUCUCUCGCAAGCAUACGGAGCUUCCAAAACCUAUAACGCUGGCCAAAUUGUGGCCUCACAGUUCUCAACACAACCCCAAGUUCGGUUUGAUUCGCCUCUACCUUUGCCUUCAGAAAACGCAAGAAAGGCCAGCGAGGAGUUAUCCCCUGUUAAACUGGUGUCUGGACCCCAACACAGAGAAGAAGAGCCUCACACUUCGUCAUCUGCAGCAGAAGAAUCUUCCCCAGCUCCUUCUGAGAGCAGUAAACAUUCUCCUGAGAAAGAGAGCCUAGGAAACCCCAAAAGUGAAAAUGCUGCUAACUGGUUAACAGCUAAAAGUGGAAGGAAGAAACGGUGCCCCUACACGAAGCACCAAACUCUGGAACUGGAGAAGGAAUUCUUGUUCAAUAUGUACCUGACUCGAGAGCGUCGCCUAGAGAUCAGCCGCAGCGUGCACCUCUCAGACAGACAAGUCAAAAUCUGGUUCCAGAACCGCAGGAUGAAGCUCAAGAAGAUGAACAGAGAGAACAGAAUCCGGGAGCUCACAGCCAACUUCAAUUUCUCUUGAUGAACCUGCUCAUCAGUUACUAUCAGUGCCAGUAUCUUCUCACUUUCCUUUAUCUGCACCUGUAUGGAUUGUUUUAUACAUUCUGAAAAUGACCACAAUUCCACAUCUUUUUUUUAUUAUUUCAAGGGGUAAAGCCA